ACAAAAUGGAAAAAUUGGUCGAGCGUCAUAUUUCCCCAUCCGCCGCAACCAAUCAAUGACGCCGUCAAACCCAGGUGCUCGGAAAAAAAUUAACACAGCCCACUGGUAUCCACAAAACCGACCGAUCCUCUAACAAUGAAAACCAUGGCUGAUUUGGAGAUAGGAGCUUUAGAUUUUUCCACAACUCCACUGCCUUCAAGAUUCAUAUAAGGAGAUUUCCCGGUCUCUGACAAUGAAGACGACGAAUCGACCGCCAGCAGCUUCCAAGGAUACAAAGAUCGCCAUCAAUCAUCAUUCUGAUUAUGUGGAGACUUCAGUUAAUCAGAAAGCCAUGGAGAUGCUUCUCAACCUCAGCCGGAGUUCGGCGCUGGUUUGAUAGUGUCGGUCCGGCUGCAAAGGACCCCCUUCAAGCUGUUACCGAAGCUUUUAAUUCCGACCCUUUUCCUCAAAAGAUCAAUCUCGGACUGGGAGCGUACAGGGAUGAGCAGGGGAAGCCUCUUGUCUUACAGUGUGUUCAACAAGCUGAAGAGAAGAUUAGGGGUUGCAAUUUAUUGGAUUCUGUUUCAGCUCCAGUGGCAAGCGCAACUCUAGUGGAAGAAUGCGUCAAGCUAGUUUAUGGGAGAAGUGUGAAUGUGGUCAAAGAGAAAAGGUUUGCUGGAGUGCCGGCUCUAUCAGGAACUGGAGCAUGUCGCCUCUUCGCUGAAUUUCAGAGGAAUUUCUUUCCUGAAUCGGCUAUAUACUUGCCAGAUCCAACGUGGACCAACCACCAUAACAUAUGGGCCAAUGCCCACGUUCCAGUGAGGACGUUCCAUUACUACCAUCCACAUUUGAGGGGACUAGACUUCGCGGCUCUUAUCGAUGAUGUCAAGAAUGCGCCAGAUGGUUCUUUCUUCUUACUCCACCCUUGUGCUCACAACCCCACUGGGAUUGAUCCUACCGAGGAUCAAUGGAGUGAAAUUUCGAACCUGUUCAAGAUGAAGAAUCACUUCCCAUUCUUCGACAUGGCUUAUCAAGGUCUAGCAACGGGUGAUGUGGACAAAGAUGCCUCGUCAAUCCGAAUUUUCCUGGAGGAUGGGCACUUAAUUGGAUGCGCUCAGUCCUUCACGAAGACCAUGGGACUGUUUGGGCAUCGUACUGGCUGUCUUAGUCUGCUUUGCGCUGACAGAGAUCAAGCUGUUCGAGUGAAAAGCCAACUGCAGCGGAUUGCUGGGGCAAUUUACGGAAGCCCUCCCGUUCACGGUAUAGUGUUGCUCUCGACGAUAUUGGGGGAUCAAGCGUUGAAGUCGAUCUGGUUCAAAGAAGUGAAGGCCAUGGCUAGUCGCAUUCAAAGCAUGCGAGCUAAGCUGAGGGAGAGACUAGAACUGACUGGUUCUUCUCUCAAUUGGGAACACAUAACAAAGCAGGUAGGGAUGUUCUGGUUCCCUGGCCUAACACCUGAGCAGGUUGAUCGGCUGGCAAAGGAGUUCCACGUGUACAUGACCCCUGAUGGUCGGAUGAGCAUGGCGGGCGUUACGACGAGCAAUGUAAGGUAUUUAGCAAAUGCUGUCCAUGAAGGUUCUCAGCUGGUGAAGGUCAGAGAUAACAAGAGGAUGAAACCGAGCCCUUUUUGCCUCUCCAGAUGUUAGAAUGGCGAGGCGGAGCAAGUUUGUAAUGUAGUUUUGAUUUUGCUUAAUUAGUUGCACACUCUGUAUUCAGCUACUGAGACCAUGUUAUAGUCAUAUAGAUGAGAUUGGCAUGUAGUUUUGAUUUUGCUUAAUUAGUUGCACACUCUGUAUUCAACUAAGAGUCUCAGACCAUGUUUCUCAAAAAAAAAAAAAAAAAAAAAACUACUUGGACCAUGUAAAUAAUUGCACUAAUUAAAUAUAAUGUACUUGGGC